AUGCGCACGAGCUGUAGAACUACGAGGUUAUGGAUACCGCACUCUCUUGAUCCAUCAUGCAAAAUCGCAGGGGAUCUGGAGCAGCUUGAGCCGGACGAGCCGACCCAAAAUCGUAAAAUUGCCCUGAUUUUACAUGGUACAAUGGGCCACAAGGAUUAUUUGUUCCAGAAGAAGCUUGCCAAAGCCCUCCCAAUCGACUCCUUCCGCUUCGAUUUCAGAGGCAAUAACGAGACUGGAGGUGUGUGGAAGCAGGGCGCGCUGGACGAGGAUCUCGAAGACCUUCAAGUUGUGGCUCAAUAUCUGCAAGCGACAUUCGGCUACGUUGUUGAUCUCGUUGUUGGUCAUUCGCGGGGAAGUCUCGUCGGUAUGCGUUGGGUGGCUACUACAGAAGAAGGAAGACGAGUUCGUGGAUUCGUUAAUGUUUCUGGUCGAUAUCGUAUGGAGCGAAUAUAUGAUCGUCUUGAUUUUUAUCAACCAUACUUUGAUUCGCAAGGAUAUUACGACUGGCAUGUUACGGUUGCCCGCAAAGACGUAGUUGGUCGAAUGUACCCUCACGACUUAGAGAAGUUCGCUUCCUGGGAUCAAACUCCAGUUAGAGACAGAUUCCCACCAGAGACUCAUGUGCUUACUAUACACGGACUACAAGACAAGACCGUUCCACCAUACGAUGCCAUAUAUUAUUCCCGUGUAUUCGGUUCUCGAUCCGGCGGUGGAACCCACAAUCUGCAUUAUAUCGAAGAAGCGGAUCACAACUUCACUGCGCAUCGGGAUGACGUUGUCGAAACAAUUCUCCGCUGGCUAUCACUCCUUGAGAAGGGUGGUCUUCAAACGGGAGUCUGGGGAUCAGAGCCUAUCAAAGGGAGAUUAUAACGUAUAUUAUCUACACUGAUUAGAUGGAGGCUUGUUCAUUUUGUUCAACUGU